AUGCGCAGUACUAAAACCAAAGGUUUGGAAAAAAAGAUGAAAGUAAUUGGUGUGCUGGCGUUACAGGGUGCCUUUCUGGAGCAUGCCAGCCACCUGGAAAAGUGUUUGGCCACUAAAAACUACGAGGUAGAAAUAACAAUCGAAAUUGUAAAAACACCUGAGGACCUAGCCAAGUGUGAUGCCCUUAUUAUUCCCGGUGGGGAGUCCACGUCAAUGUCUCUCAUCGCUCAAAGGACAGGCUUAUACCCUUAUUUGUACGAGUUUGUUCACAACUCAAACAAGGUAGUUUGGGGCACUUGUGCAGGUUUGAUCUUUCUAAGCGCGCAGCUAGAGAACGAAAAUGCCCUGGUGAAGACAUUGGGUGUGCUGAAAGUUGACGUGAGAAGAAAUGCAUUCGGAAGGCAAGCUCAAUCUUUUACGAAAGAGUGCGACUUCUCCAAAUUCAUACCUGGUUGCGAUAAUUUUCGUGCGACUUUUAUUCGAGCACCCGUAGUGGAGAAGAUUCUGGAUCCUAUCGCGGUUAAAAGUUUGUACGAAUUGUCAAUGAAUGGAAAGAACGUGGUUGUAGCUGCACAGCAAAACCAUAACAUCCUUGUAACUUCUUUUCACCCAGAGCUGGCUGACAAUGAUAUAAGAUUCCAUGAUUGGUUUAUUAGGCAAUUUGUUUGUAAAUGA